AUGGCCCGCGGCGCGCAGGGUGCACCUGCGGCCCCAGUGCCCUCCCCCCCGGGCGCGGAGGGCGGGGCGCAGGGCUCCACUCCCUUCCCCGCCCCUACCCGCGAGCACCCCGCGCGGCCCACCCGGAGCGGGACGGAGGCGGAUGGGGAAGCGUUUCUGCAGAAGUUCAAGGGCUCCUCUCGCCGGCUCCGGGCCAACCAGGCCAGACACCAGACACCCACCUCCGGGAGGACUCGGAGCCGCCGCGAUAGGCAAUCUCCGCCCCUGCGAUCGCGCGCACGGAGGCCGAGGCGCGAGCGCGGCAGCCGAAACCCGGCCCGCGCAGGGCCCAAAGCGAAACAAUGUCCCAGCGCGGGGUGGGGGACUUGGUCGCACUCCCCGCCCCGGGGUCCCGAAGCCCUCCGGAGUUCCCGAUCGCAGCCCCGGGAGCAGCCCGUGCUCCCCCGCGGCGCCGCGCGCAGAGAGGCCGGACGUCUGCGCGCCCCGGGGCCGCUCCACCUGCGCCCUCCCGGCCAAGGUGGACCGACGCGCACCCACCUUCGCGGGCAGCCCGGGCCGCGCGUGCGGGAGCUUAGGCGGAGGCGGGAGGCGGCGGCAUCACCUGCGGCGGGCGGCGGCUGCACCGGGACGCGCCCCGGAGGCGCGCGGCGCCCUGGACCCUGA